CUGUACGCGGAAAAGUGGCCGAGUCUCGGGGCGGGAGACACACAGAGGAAAAUGGCUGAGUACGUGCGGCUGCCCCACUCGCUGGCACUGAUCCGCCUCCGAAACCCGCCCUUAAACAUGAUCAGUUCGGCUGUACUCCGUGAAAUUAGAGAGGGACUAAAGAAAUCUGCAUCGGACCAUACAGUAAAAGCCAUUGUGAUUUGUGGAGAAAAUGGCAACUUUUGUGCAGGUGCAGAUAUCCAUAGCUUCAGCACUCCUGUAUCCUCUGCAGAAGGAUUGGGACCUUUAGUAGAUGAAAUUCAAAGACACGGGAAGCCCGUGGUGGCGGCUAUCCAAGGCGUGGCCUUAGGAGGGGGACUGGAGCUAGCCCUGGGCUGUCACUACAGGAUCGCACACGCAGAGGCUCGAGUUGGUUUCCCAGAAGUCCUGAUAGGGAUUCUUCCUGGUGCAAGGGGAACCCAGCUUCUCCCCAGACUCAUUGGAAUUCCGGCUGCCCUUGAUUUAAUUACCUCAGGACGAUAUAUUUUGGCAGGUGAAGCACUCACAUUGGGUAUUUUGGACGAAGUUGUGAACUCAGACCCACUUGAAGAGGCAAUCAAAUUCAGCCAGAAAAUUUUAGAUCAACCUCUAGAACCUCGCAGAAUCCUCAACAGGCCAGUUCCCAGCUUGCCCAACAUGGACGCCAUUUUCAGUGAAGCCUUUGAGAAGAUGCGGAAGCAGUACCCUGGGCGCCUUGCUCUGGAGACCUGUGUCCGUUCAGUCCAGGCCUCCGUGAAGUACCCCUAUGAAGAAGGCAUCAAGAAAGAGAGAGAGCUGUUUCAAUACCUUCGGCAAUCCGGGCAGGCCAGAGCCCUGCAGUAUGCUUUCUUUGCCGAGAAAAGUGCCACUAAGUGGUCAACCCCAUCUGGAGCGUCCUGGAAAACAGCUACUGCACGACCCAUCUCCUCAGUUGGUGUUCUCGGCUUGGGAACAAUGGGCCGAGGCAUUGCCAUUUCUUUUGCAAGGGUCGGGAUCCCUGUGAUUGCUGUGGAAUCAGACCAAAAGCAGCUAGAAGCUGCACAGAAGAUAGUAACUUCCAUCCUGGAGAAAGAAGCAUCCAAAAGCAUGCAACAGAGUGGGCAGCACAGGUCAGGACCAAAACCUAGGUUCAGUUCAUCUAUAAAGGACCUUGCCAGUGUCGAUUUAGUCAUUGAAGCAGUCUUUGAGGACAUGAACCUGAAGAAGCAGGUCUUUGCUGAACUGUCAGCUGUGUGCAAGCCAGAAGCUUUUCUGUGCACCAACACUUCAGCUCUGGAUGUGGAUGAGAUCGCUGCUUCCACCAAUCGCCCUCAGCUGGUCAUUGGCACUCACUUCUCCUCCCCAGCUCAUGUCAUGAAGUUGUUAGAGGUUAUUCCCAGCCAACACUCCUCCCCUACUACCAUUGCCACUGUUAUGAACCUAGCGAGGAAGAUUAAAAAGAUUGCUGUAGUUGUAGGCAACUGUUAUGGAUUUGUUACAAAUCGAAUGUUGAAACCUUAUUGUGAACAAACUUAUUUCUUGUUAGAAGAUGGCAGUAAACCAGAGGACAUAGACCAAGUACUGGAAGAGUUUGGUUUCAAAAUGGGGCCCUUUCGAUUGUCUGACCUCACUGGCUUAGAUGUGGGCUGGAAAGUUCGCAAGGGGCAGGGUCUCACUGGGCCUAUGCUGCCUUCAGGCACUCCUACCCGAAAGCGAGGCAAUGCAAGAUACAGCCCCAUUCCUGAUAUGCUCUAUGAAUCAGGACGGUUUGGCCAGAAGACUGGUCAGGGUUGGUAUCAGUAUGACAAGCCACUGGGUAGGAUUCACAAACCUGACCCCUGGCUUUCCAAAUUCCUGUCAGAGUACAGAGAAACCCAUCACAUCAAACCACGUGUCAUUGGGCAGGAUGAGAUCCUGGAGCGCUGCUUGUAUGCACUUAUCAAUGAAGCCUUCUGUAUCUUGGAGGAAGGGAUCGCUGCUAGCCCAGAGCACAUUGAUGUGAUCUUUUUGCAUGGGUGUGGCUGGCCACGGCACAAGGGUGGGCCCAUGUUCUAUGCCUCCACAGUUGGGCUGCCCACAGUUCUAGAGAAGUUGCAGAAGUAUUACCAGCAGAAUCCUGAUAUUCCCCAACUGGAGCCCUGCAACUAUCUAAAAAGGCUGGCUUCCCAGGGAAACCCUCCUCUGAAAGAAUGGCAGAGCUUGGCAGGACCUCCUAGCAGUAAAUUGUGAUUCAGCCUUCUAAGUUGGGCUUAUAUGCUGGAGUCAGAUAAAAUUCACAGCAUUUUGGUGAAAUUAAAUCCAUAAAUAAAAUCAUUCCAAAGUACAAAGCAAGAGAGAGAACUGAUCAGUUACUUCUCCUCUUUAAGUCUUCUGUUUGGUGAAACAGAAGACUUAAUCUUUACAGGAUGUUUCCUGUGCCUCUCAACCCAUCCUUAUCAGGUAAAUCCAGUAAAUAAUUUUUUCUUAAUAUAAUGCCAUGAUGACUCAAGUUGGGCUUCCCACAUAUUUUGAUUAUUGAGGAAAUAUAUUAUCAAUUCAUAAAUGAUAAAUGCCGGUAUGUCAUGAACUCAUUUGGCUCCUUACUCUCACAUACAUAGUAUGGAUGUGAAGUCUUAUGGAUCAUGUAUUCAUAAGCAUUCACUGAGAACCUCUUGAGAAUCCUGGACCUUCUGAGAAUACUUGAUAGACCAACAGUGCAUGGGAGCAUUAAACCAGUGUGUGAACUGUACUGAACUUCAGCUUAGUCUUGGAGGUGGCAUGAAGGUUGGCAGGGAACAGUCAGGAGUGCUGGUCUGUAUUAACAUGGAGAGUUGCCCAAGAAUGGGCAGAGGUUGUAACCUGAACGAGGCAAAGUAUAUUUGGGAACUGAUAACAAAGCCAAGUACUUAUGAGUUUGAGGAACUCAAGGGUAGCUCAUCCUAUCAUUUCUGGCUAAGGUCAAGCCUCAUCUGCAUGGUUGUGCUUGAUGCUUAGAAGAGACUCAGUGAUGGCUGUUGAUGGUGUCCUCAAGAUACAGAAUUAUCUACAACCCAAUCUUUACUUUUCCUUUCAAGGUGAGAUGACAGGAAGUAAUAAAUUGUUAACGUUGUGUAAGAAGGGAUGUUAGAGAAUGUCUAGGCUAUACGGACUUCUUCAUUCUGUGAUACUGUAAUGAUCCAGUUUCUCAAUUAUGAAAAGAUUUUGUGAUGUAUAUAAAAACAGUUGAAUUUUGAAACAUGUAAAGUUAUUAGAAAUUUGUAUAGUUUCAUUUUAACUAUGUAAGUUCUUCUAUUUGACUUUUUGCUUUAUGGGUUAAAUGUUAAGGUCUUGGUCAGCACUAAACUAUGUAUACUAAUAUGUAUACUAAUAACUGAAUCAUUUAUAAUAGCCAAACACUAGGAACAUCCCUAAUGUCCAUUACCUGAUGGAUAAAGAAAAUGAGGUAUGUUCAUACAAUGAGCUAUGAUUUCUCAUAAAAAGAAAGUAUUGGUACAUGCUACAUGAACCUUGGAACCACUGUGUUUAGUGAAGAAGCUACUCACAAAAGAUUCUGCAUUGCAUGAACAGUUAAAGGGACUUAUCAAGAGUAGGCAAAUCUACAAAGCCAAAAGCAGAUUAUUGGCUGCACAAAGCAGGAAUCACUGAUGGAUAAUAAGGUAAAAGAGUGCUUUACAGAUGCAGGAUUUCUUUUGGGUUUAAUGGAAAUGUUCUCAAAUUAUAGUGGUGAUAGUUAUGGAGGUGAACCUGUUAAAAACCUUUGGCUUAUAUAAUUUUAAAGGGUGAAUUAGUUGGUAUGUGAUAUGUAUCAAUAAAGUCAUUACUAAACAAA